AGAGAAAAAGAAAAAGGAAAUGGCAUUGCUGGCUUGUCCACCUUGCAGUUGCGUUGGUUCAAGAUUGCUGCAACAAAAGCGGCCAGUUGUUUGUUUCUCAAAUCCAAGGAAAUUCCUCGUCAAAUGUGUCUCGCAGAAGAAACAAGUUGAGUUGGAAAGGCUGUUCUCCAACCUCAACCAAACCACAUUGAAGAGAGAACCGGGAAGUCUAUCCAGCGCUGUUUUCCUAGUCGCAGGGACCACGGUGGGUGCUGGUAUCCUCGCAAUACCUGCAGUGACCCAAGAAUCUGGAUUUUUGGCGACUGCAAUCACCUGCGUUUUUUGUUGGGCAUACAUGGUUGCAACAGGUCUGCUAAUUGCCGAAGUUAAUAUAAAUACUAUGUCCCAACUUGGUUCCACUAGUGUAUCACUGGUAUCCAUGGCUAUGAGGACUCUAGGUGAUGUGGGAGUUCAAAUUGUUUGGUCAUGCACAGAAUCAAUGUCUGUGAUUGAAAAGGCGAAAAAUCGAGAGAGGAAUGAAUUAGAAUAUCCAAGCAAAAAUUCGAAAAUGAAACAUGAACCGAGUAAGAUCAGUUGGACGUACAUUUUUAUACAUUACGCACUUCUUGUUGCCUACGUUGCUCGUUCUUCUGAAAUUUGGACAAAAUUUGUUGGCAUUCCCUUAUGGGAAAGUGCAACAUUGUUUUCAUUGGUUUUGGGAGGCAUCUGCUACUUUGGAAGUCAGCGAUUCAUUGGUGCGGUUAAUGGGGUUCUGGUAACUGGAAUCAUCAUAUCUUUUGCUGCUCUUGUGGCAGUUGCAAGUGGAUACCUACAAUGGAGUGCACUUUUAAAAGCCAACUUCCAAGCUGUUCCCAUGAGCAUACCGAUAAUUAUUCUAUCAUUUGUAUACCAGAAUGUAGUGCCUGUUCUUUGUACAGAUCUUGAAGGAGACCUAUCAAAAGUAAGGACUUCAAUUGUUCUAGGCACAACCAUACCACUUAUUUUAUUUCUAGUGUGGGAUGCUGUGAUUCUAGGAACCAUCAGUCAUGUUGAAAUGGGCUCUGGUAAAAUCAUGGAUCCAUUACAACUAUUGGAAUCAACAAAUGUUGCUGUUGGACCAGUUGAGGUUUUCUCAAUUUUCGCUAUCUCGACGUCAUAUAUCGGAUUCGUUUUGGGUCUUUGCGAUUUCCUUUCUGACUUGCUGAAACUUCCGGCUGGUCAGAGCAGGCCUGUGCUGCCGUACCUUUUCACAUUGAUUCCACCAGUAGUGCUGUCAUUGCUAGACCCAGAAAUAUUCUUUAAAGCCUUGGAUUUCGCUGGAACUUAUGGAGUGCUCCUGCUGUUCGGAAUCCUUCCAGCUGUUAUGUCUUGGUCCGAUAGGUACUCAAGUUCAUCCAUAGCUGUGAAAGUGCCACGGUUAGUUCCGGGAGGAAGGUUCACUCUUUCACUCAUAGUUGCAGGUGCUGGAUGUGUCAUUUUCUCAGAAAUUUUUGACAAAUAGAUUGUUUUAAUCAUUCCAAAAAGAUCAAGUCAUCAUCAUCAUCA